CGUGAAAAAACCGCGAAUCUUGGAUCAUGCCGAUUUCGCCGCCGCUGAGCGCCACGCGCCGCGUGCCAAUUGGAGGUUGCAAAUGCAUCUUCUCGCGCGCCGCCACUGCAGUCAGUACGCCGCCUUGCCCAGACAUCAUGUGCGUGUAGAGGAGCGUCGUUUCGGGGAUCACGCGGGACGCUGAAACGCCGGACGAGGACUGCAGAAUUCGGUUGCACCGUGGCACGACGCCACAAGCUUCUUCACACGGUUACUAGCACUCGGCGAGCAUUUCGAUAGGCGGUCCCACGCGCAUCACGUCUUCUCGGAAUGCUGCUCCUGCAACGUGCCGGAGCUGCCAGGCUUGUUCAUGGCGCACGGCGACGUGAUACCGCAGUGAACAAGCGUUCGCUGACGUCACAGGUUGGAGGAGCAAAGGCCAAACUGAUGUGUGCUCUUUGCUGUAAACGAUAAUAGUGUGCGAUGCGAGCCCGCGGCAGGAGCCAACCCAUAAGCGAAGUGCUACGACUCAGAGCUCAUAGAUAUCUCCUUUACGACGAUAUGGUGGUGCCACGAGAGAAGCCUUGGACCUGCUUCAACCACACUAUUUUUGUUGCAUUAGGAGAAGGCCUUAUCUCAGGACACAAUUCGGCGCAACGUGUGCACGGUGCCUGAUUUGGAAUCAAGAUACUCGGCUGACCAAUCAGCGUGCUUGAAGUUUAAGAUCUUCGAAAGCUCAAGCGCCAGUACUUUCUUUUUGCCAUGUUCCGCCGAGCGCUCGCCAAGCGCGCAUGGCCGCAGCGGGCGGCGAUGAGCUCCAUGGGUCGCCACACGGGCCAGCGCGCGACGCUGGACCUCGAGAACGUCCAGUCGAUUACGCCAUCGCGCUUCACGCAGGAAAGCUACUUUGCCGAGCUGCGAAAGCCCGUGCUCGAAGCGACGACCAUCAACCCCGAGACGUACCAAUCCGCCGAGUACCAUGAGAAGGAGCUCGAGCGCCUCUUCGCCAAGGGAUGGCAGAUCGUUGGCUACACCGAGAAGCUCAAGCAGCCCGGCGACACGAUUGUGGCCACGGCCGCGGGCCAGCCGAUCAUUGUCACGCGCGCCAAGGACAACGAAAUCCGUGGCUUCUAUAACGUGUGUCGCCACCGCGGCGCGCAGCUCGUCGAGAAGAACGGUCGGUUCCCGGUCAUUAGCUGCCCCUACCAUCGCUGGGGGUACGCGCUCGACGGCCGGCUCUUGGCCACGCCCAUGUUCAAGGGCGACGGCGUCUCGAGCGAAGUCGACUUUGGUAACGAGAAGGAGCCGACGCCGGCGGUCAAGGCGGCGUUUUCGACCGAGUGCGUCAAGAACUUCAACAAGAAAGACUACGGACUUUUACCGGUUCGCAUCGAUACGUUUGGCCCGUUUGUGUAUGCCAACGUGAGCGGGGACGCGCCGCCGCUCAAGGAGUACCUCGGCGACCUCCACGAAACGCUGGUCGAGUACCCGUUCAGCGACCUCGUCUCGUACAAGAGCAGCACGAUCCCGGUGCAAUGCAACUGGAAGCUCCUCGCCGAGAACUUUAUGGAGUACUACCACCUUCCGGCCGUGCACCCCGAGCUCUGUGACGUGUCGCGCGUCGACGACCACCAUCGCGCCCAGGGCACGGGCUCGUACAUUGGGUUUGUGACGUCGCCGUUGACGAACGGGGGCACGCCGCUGGACUUGGACCUGCUGCCGCCGAUGCCCGGGCUCUCCGGCGUCAACCAAGUGACAGCGUGGUUCCACCACUAUUUUCCCAACGCGUUUUAUUUUCUCUUGCCGCACGGCGUCUACUGCGUCGUGCUUGAGCCCACGGGUCCCAAUACGACGACGGAGCACGCCGAGCUGCUCGUGCACCCCAACGUCUAUGACGCACCGGAUGCCGAGGCCAAGCUCCAGAAGAUGUGGGACUUUUACGACAUGACCAACAACCAAGACCUCUCGAUCUGCGAGCGCGUCCAGGUCGGCAUCAAGGCCAAGAACUACAAGGGCGGCCGCAUGACCUUCCGCUUUGAAGAGACGAUCCAUCGGUUCCAGAACAUGGUCGCUGACUACAUGACGGGCAAGCCCAAGAUCCCGACCGGCGACGAGUCGCCGCCGUAUGCUUUUGAGCGCGACUUUGCCGCCGCCAAGAAGGACGAGGCGCGCUGUGCGUAAGCAACGUCGAAUCCACGCUCGUUUGAUUUUGCGUUGCAUGUUGCUACUUGCGCACAACCUCGACGUACGUCGACGCAGCGUCUUUUCGGACCUUGAGCAGUGUUGUCGCCUGGAAAUGACCUCCGUACAGCACCACAAAUAAUACCGCCGAGGUACCUUGGCAUGCACGCUCUACGACACGUUGUGAUAGGACCGAGCUCCGAGUAGAGAGUGGGUACCUCGUGGUGCGAGAUGCAAAAAACUUGGCUCUGGCCAAAGUGCGCCCAAAUCAAGUCGGCAACGACAAGCUACCAGCAGCAUGUACGUUGUGCGUGUUGGGAUCAGUAAAGAAAGACCUGGUUAGAGGCGAUGCGCUGUAGUGUGCAAGCGCAAACACAUAGGCCAGUCCUACAAACGACUAAGUUGCACCUUCACAUAGCGGCGUACCCAGCAGUGUCAGUUGACCGCCCGACAGCUCGCGCGUCGUUUGGCGUGAUCCAUUGACGGAAAAGUAGAGCCCACACUACGCCAGCAUAAGAAAGGUGCAUCGUUUGGGUGUCGAUACCUCGAGGGCCUCCGCUCGGGUGGCCUGCAAUGUGGCGCUUUUCAGCGGUACGAGGCGAGAAAAGAUGGCUUCGAACGUUGCGCCGACACUUGCAAAGGCGAUUUCUUGGACUUUGGCGC